ACUUCGCACAGUUGCGCUUUCAUGUUCACAUUUUGGCUCGUUCCCACAUACCUUUUCUUGUUCAUCUCGACAGUUGUACUUUUGACUUCUUCUUGUAACGUUGCCAUGUCUCAGACUCCUGACCCCUCUUUCCUGAAACCAACGUCUGUCGCCAUGAGCCCAGUGGCAUAUGCCAGUCCUAGUCGUGGUGGCGUUUCACCCAGUAUAAGUGUAAGAAGAUCGUUCGAUUUGUGUAUGGACCUUGCCAUACUGAGGCAACUGCGGUCGCAUGAGUGCCCCUUUAGAAGAGGGAGCCCAGCUAUGGACAUAGUUGCUGCUGAAUUAUCCAACUCGGAUCCAACCAAGUUUUGUGGUAUCAACAAAAAGGGUGUGCGUGAUCGAGUUUUGCUGCUGCUCGAGCUCUUCAACAAAGGCGAUGAGUGGAAAAAAACGGCAAUCUGGCACUGAGGAGGAGCUAACGGAGAAAGGCCAGCUUCUGGCUGAGCUCCAGGAGCUUUAUGCUGAAAAAGCCCAGCCCAAGCCUGCUGGUGAUGGCGAGAAACAAGCUGCCCUCCAGGCGAGAAAGGAUGCGUGCGUGACGCUGGCCAGUAAGAGUAAGGAAGCAGCAGAUGAGCCCGCUGCAAAGCGGAAGAAACAUGGAACGUCGAGCGUUGAACUCGCUAUUGCUUACCUGAAGACCUCACAGGAGGCGGAUGCAGCAGUAAAAAAAGCACAGCUAGAACUGGAACAGCAGCAGCAUCAAGACAAGCUGCUAUUAGAUAAAGCCAAGAUGGACCUUGAGGAAAGGAAAUUCAUCGCGGAUGACAUACAGAGGAAGAAGAAACAAGAGAUGGACGAAAAGGAUCAAGCAGCCAGGCUGAAAAGAGAGGACGAGAGGGAAGAAGAUGCAGCUGCUGAGCGCCGGGCACUCAUAGAUUUAAUGAAAACAUUUGCUUCCAAGUUUUCAUAAUUCCCCGCCACAAAUCCAGCUUGUGACCUCAGGCCACAUCACCGAGCCACCAAGCUGAGAAUUGAGGCGUCAUCGAGUCUUUGCCCUCCCCACCACCCACUCCACCCGCCUUCAACGUUCACCCUUGUACUCCGCAUGCUCUCAGUACAACCACCUGCCACGACACUUUUAUUCCCUCCGAGAAAUAGAUGCAUUCAAAAGAGAAGGUACCCUGAUCAUAGUAUUGCAGUAUCCCUGCUUAACAGUUUACACAUGACUAGUACAUGUAUUUUGCAUGACUCUUAUAAUUACUCUUGUUACUACUUUCGGACACGUCCUACAUCAUGUACCUCACACAUGACUUGAUUACAUCAGGAGUACCGCGCUUCUAGAAAGAUCCUAGAUCUUCCAUGCAUGCUGCUGUCAUCACUUCUAGUGUCACUUCCUUUUAGUUAGUACAGUCAUGCACAGUCAUGUACAUGUAUGUCAUGUUGUUCCGGACUAUUCCAGACCUUCCACGUCAUAUGCCCGAUGAGUAACGUUGCUGACUAAAUUGCAUAAUAUAGAUAUCUCAUCUUCUAGAAUGCCUCGCUUAGUCAUUAUGUUAAUGUUACGCAAUGCUCACUUCAUCUACCUGUAUAGCAAUGAUGAUCUAGGUUUGCCUUCUCCACUAUUCUAGAACUUGUACUAGAAGGAUGAUUUCGUAAUCACUGCAAUUUGCAAUGUCAUAUACUUUGCUCGCCUAUAAAAGCUGCUGUCUUUUCUGCCACCAUGAGAUUAGCUCAGAUUAGAUUAGAGAUUAGAUUAGAGAAGAGAUCGGAGAGAUCCGAUAGAUAUCAGAGAGAGAACAAGAUAGAGUUCUGUUCACUUAGGAAUAUUUGAUAUAAGAUAACCUCCAGGCCGUGCCGGAAUAAGUUCUGAUACGUUCGUUGACUGACUGUGGGUAGUUGCCUCCUUGCCUUAGACCGAGCACAUUACAGGAUCAUCAAUUUGCACAUGCUCCAACCCCCGCUGUAGCCCAGCCUAGGAAUAUUAUUUUAAUCAAGCUCUAUCGCCUACCUGUCUUCGCAGUGGAUAUACUUCCUUCUUCGUCUUUACUUAAAAAUGAAGCACCCAAACCACGGCUGCCACUAGCCACUG